AAAAAAAAAAGUAAAGAAGGGGGAGAAAAGGAAGGAGGUCGAAGAUGCUAUCUCGACGGAAAAGGCCGUCACGAGAUAGGCUGGCUGACUGUCGGAGUUCGUCCGAUGAAGCGAAGAGUGACAGAUCGUGAAAUCCUCUGGGUCGAAGCAAGGAUCAAAGCUUUGGCCAUGUACAAACCGAACUUCUGAAGCCUGGAAGAUUGGGAUAUGGACCGUUGGCUUUCAGAGCGUGAGGCGCGAUACUAUCUGGUCGUCAGAAUUAUAGGUCAUGGAUUGAAUGACUCGCCAGCAACGUCAAGACACAACGAUCGCUCAUCCCAAGGUGCAGAAAGGAAGAGAGUAGCGAAGUCAGGUCGCAGGACAUCGAACACAUUUGAAAAACAACGGCAGAGAGAACGGAGAGAAGAAACAGAGGAGGAGAGUGAAAGAGGAAGCUAGAGGCGACACAGGGUCUGGCCACCAAGGGAAAGGGAAAGAGUCACUGGGCGAAAGGGAUGGAUAGAUGGCUUACUAGUACUACUCAC